CAAGCCCGUUCAUGAAUCGCCACAGCCGGUCUCGCAAUGAGCAACAUCUGGGAUGCGUAUUGGAUUGAACGUUAUCACUUCUUUGAAUCCGCCGGAUACAGGCUCCGAGAGCACUUCCAUCCUGGCCACGUCCCACCAUCGAACACUGUGCCACAUCUCAAAGAUCCUUCGAUACUGCGGCACGCGCGUGUUAGCCUCAUGGAUGCCCGGCGCAUCUCAGACAAUAUGUUGCUCAUGCUCAAAUGGACGGACACAGCCAAGCAUCCCACCGAGGUAGAGAUCGGUCAGCUAUUCUCGGCUGAACCUCUGCGGGAAGAUCCGCGAAAUCAUUGCCUUCCUAUCCUCGAUGUGCUUCAGGACCCUCAAUAUGCCGGCAGGAAAAUACUUGUAAUGCAGAUGAUGACGAGUUACGACAGACCGAAAUUCACCUGGGUCGCAGAGGUCAUACAUUGCUUCCGGCAAAUCUUAGAGGGGAUUCAAUUCAUGCACGUCAAUUUUGUCGCACAUCGAGACUGCGGAUAUCUCAAUUUCGUCGUUGAUCCCUCGGAGCUAUAUCCCCUUGGCUUUCAUCCUGUGUGGCAUCUCAUGAAUCCCGCAUACGACGGUCUAGCUGUCAGAGUGACCAAGGCGUCCUGCUGGCCUCGCUACUUCGUCAUCGACUUUGGUCUCUCGCGGCGCUAUGACCCCCGAGACGGUACACCAUCCGAGCCCGUCAUCCUUGGCGGAGACAAAAGCCCACCCGAACAUUUUCGUGGACAGGAUGUGUGCAACCCGUUUCCAACCGACAUCUACUUCUUGGGAAAUAUCCUGAAGCGCAAGUUCAUGCUUCCGCCGGGCAGCUCGGUAAAUUUCCAGUUGAUCUAAGACCCGAAGUCGCCUCCAACUCACACAGAAAACAAACUCGUCAUUUCGGUUUCUGAUUCCUCUCGUCAACGAUAUGACACAGACCGACCCAUCUCUGCGACCCACCAUCGGCGAAGCGCUAGAGCGUUUCGACUCCAUUUGUGCUGAGCUCACUCCUUGGUAGCUCGGCCAACUGGUCGAAGCCCCCGGUCUUUGUGGGAAGCUGAAGAAUACAUUUCGGCACAUGCGGGAUCCCAGCUACGGAACGCUCGACCUCCCCCCGUCCCAUUUCGCUUCGUAUUCUGCAAGAAAAUCUCUGCCCAUGGACCCCGCUCUUCGCGAAUUCUACACUGCAUCUCCGGCUGGGACAUUGCCAUGUCCAGAAGAACGGGCAAAGAAGUACUCCGAGUUGGUAUGAUCGGAGAUGUACCGGUUGGAUGGAUAGUGGCUUGUUUUUUUUUUGUGGUCAGCAGUCGUCUUGUUGAUAGCUUCUAUAAAUUAUUACAUGGCGA